AGACCGGCGCCACCGCGGUGGACGAGCUGCUGGGCGGCGGCUUCGAGACCAAGAGCCUCACGGAGAUGUUCGGCGAGUGGCGCUGCGGCAAGACCAUGCUGGCGCACACGCUGUGCGUCACCACACAGCUGCCGCAGGAGGAGGGCGGCGGGUCGGGGAAGGCCGCCUUCAUCGACACGGAAGGCACCUUCCGCCCCGAGAUCAUCAAGGACAUCGCCGAGAGGUUCGGACUGGACCCGGAGGCCGUGUUGGGAAACAUCGUGGUAGCGCGAGCACACACCUCGGAGCACCAAGCGGACCUGCUCAUCUCGCUGACCGCGCUGAUGGCGGAGGAGGCGUGCUUCCGGCUGCUGGUGGUGGACUCCAUCACCGCGCCCUUCCGAACCGACUACACGGGACGGGGCGAGCUGGCGGAGCGGCAGCAGAGGCUCAACAACGUGCUAGCGAAGCUGAAGAAGAUCUCGGAGGAGUUCAAUGUGGCGGUGGUGAUGACAAACCAGGUGGUGUCCGACCCCGGCGGCGGCGCCAUGUUCGUGUCCGACCCGAAGAAGCCGGUGGGGGGGCACGUGAUGGCGCAUGCCUCCACCACCCGCCUCUCGCUGCGCAAGGGCAAGGGCGAGCAGCGGCUGAUCAAGGUGGUGGCCUCGCCCUACCUCGCGGAGGCGGAGGCCAGCUUCCAGUGCAGCGCGGCGGGGGUGACGGACCACAAGGAC